AUGUAUAAACGAACCCUAUUUGUGCUAAGCUUCGCACUUUUGAACUUCAUCAGUGCGGAGAGUAAAAAUGUAGUUUCUUCCUUUUUGUCCUACUUGAGCUCAAAAAUUAAUUCGACCAGCGAAAUAUCAAAAGUGAUCCAAAUGGGCGACACUAUGGCGUGUGUAGUUAGUAAAGAAAAUAAUAACACGCAUAAUGAAUGCUCUUGUUCGUUUACAAAGCUGAAAGAAUUUGAAAAAAAAUGUUCUUCCAAUUUUAAAAAAAAUCAAGAAGACGCUAAAAACUGCUCUGAAGAACCUUGUGAAAUUUGUUGUAGUUUAAUGAAUUCAAACCGUGCAGCAAAUUCUAUCCUGGACUAUGAAUUUUUUUGUAAAAAAAAAUGUGCACGAUCGAGCAUUGUUUCAAAUUUGAAUCAAGAUGAUUACAAAAUAGUUUUUAAAAAGUUAAUUGAAUUUAUUCGUAUUUUUUAUCCGUCCAAUGUGCUUAAUUAUUAUCCCAUUCGGAAAAAGGCCUCCGCGAAUUAUACGAAUAAGCCACUGAACGCAAAAAAUCGUACGAUAAUGGACGACCUAGGUGAAGAGCCCAGCGCGAGCAUGCCUGUGAAAAGAACGCCAUUCUCAUUCAUUUCUGAUAUAAGUACGAACAUAAAAAAUGGAAAUAACAAGAGCGAUGUGACGGCUGUGAACAGGCAAAACUCGUUCGAACAUAUAAAGGACUUUAAAAUAAUCGAGUUGGGGAACUUUAAAAUAAUUAAGGUCUUACUGAGGGGACUUUCCAGCACCGUGUGUUUGUGUGAAUGGAUAAUUGAGUGCAAAAAGAAGCUUGUUUUGAAAAAUUAUGUUAAGUAUAUAAAUAAUGACAUUUUAAGUUCGAACAUAUACAUUGAUGAAUCAAAUGAGACAGACACGGAAAAUAGCAGCUCGGAGACGGACAGAACGAUCAGCAUAGGCCCGUGUUCCGAAAGGGCAUAUAAGGAAAGGGCAUUGUAUGAGCAGGCGUACAUGGAAAAAGAAGAACAACAUGGGAAGGAACAGUUAUGGCAGUACGACAAUCAUGCUAUAGACAAGGGAAAAGAAGCGAACGAACAUAAAACCCUGCAUUUAGUUUUAAAAGUAAAACACAAAGAAUUGUACUACAACCUCAGAGACAUAGAAGAAUUAAGAGAAGAAAUAGAAAUACACAAAAAAUUGAAGCAUUGUAACAUUUUACAAAUGAUAUUAAGUGCAGAACAUGAAAACGACAUUUGGGUGCUUUUGGAAUAUUCUUCCAUAGGAGAUUUAUACUCCUAUGUAGGUUUUAAAAUAUUAGACGAAACGGAAGUGAAAAUAAUUGUCAGUCAAAUUUUGUUUGCUCUUUAUUAUCUUCACAUUAAUGGAAUCAUACAUUGCGAUAUAAAGCCAAAUAAUUUACUUCUCUUCAAUUUGGAAGAGUCUUUCCUUUUUGAGUCGGAUGUCCUAUCAGAUCUGGAAUUGUCACAUAACAAUGUCAAGGGGAAAAAAUUGAAUAUUAAGAAAUUGCUCAGCUCGAUUAAGGAAAAUAUCGCCAAGCAUCCGAAUGAAAAGACGUUUAAGAGUAUUGUAAAAAUUGGCGACUUUGGAUUGUCCGUCAGAUGUGCCUUUGAUGAGUUCUACCCCUAUCGCGGGAUUCGGGGCAGCUACGGGUUCAUCGCCCCUGAGUUGUUCCAAGAGUCCAACUUUAACAACAAAAUUGACAUGUGGGCACUGGGCAUAAUCACCUACAUCCUUUUAGGAGGUUAUAGACCCUUUUACCCCUGUUCUAGGUUUGAGGAAGAGGUAACGUUCCACGAACGAUACUGGUUUAAUAUAUCCUCAGAGGCAAAGAACUUUAUUCAGUCCCUCCUGCAGAUUAACCCGUCGAAACGGCUGAAUGUGAUUGAGGCGAUGGAGCAUCCCUGGUAA